CCAGCCAUGGUCAACUUCAGGUUCCUGUCUACAACUACGGUGAAGGUGAUCGGAUUAUUAUGUGCCUCCGUGUGUGCCUGGUACUUAGGCUAUUUCUUUGCUGAGAUAUUACCUGAAGACUCCUUACAGACCGCCAUCGGAAGCGUUCAGCGACUGGGAGAAAAACCUGUAAUCAAAGCCCCACCGCCAUUGAAACAGAAGUGCGCAGUGUGGAGAAAUUGCCAGCCGUCAGAGGUGGUGUUCCGUAUACGAUGCGGUGGCUCGAAGGACAUCCUACCUGAUAUCUGUCUGGACGGUGAGAUGUUAUUGGGAGGAAGUCAGAAGACCGGAAACAGAGGAUUGAACUUCGUCAUCGUCAAUCCUACAACCCUAAAAGUUAUCGACACCAAGACGUUUGAUAUGUACGAAGGAGAUUUCUCGGGACCAAUGGUGGAGUUUAUGAACAAGAUCCCUGCUGAGUCCAUUAUCCUGGUGGCCAGUCAUGAUGAUGCGUCUACCAAGUUAAACGACGCUGCGAAGAAAGCUUUCGAAGACCUCGGCAGUAAAGAAAUCCGUAACGUACGAUUCCGAUCCGGGUUUGUUUUCUUGGCUGUUAAAGGUGCCACCAUCCCGGACUAUAUUGAAAGAGAGAAGAUCAUCCAUUCAGAAGACACCAGGAACAGAUACAGCGGCUGGCCGGCAGAAAUCCAGAUCGACGGUUGUUUGCCCAGAAAAUAAAGCGCAAUUCUUCUACAGCUUCUCUAUCCGUUUAAGUCGAAUGAACUGCAGCAAGGA